CCCCCUAUCUCUUUCCUCUCGUCUCUUUUCUCGUCACUCUCGUCGCUCUCGUCGUCAAUUUUCCAUCUCCCAUCAAUUUAUCAAACCAAUUCGUCACCACACCACACUGUAAGUUCAGAUUUUCCGGGGCGGGGCACGCGGACAACGUCAUUUGCGCGUCCAAGUAUCAACUUUUGGCCCAGUCAGACCACGUGGCCCGCAUAUGAUGGAGGAUCGUCAGCGGUCGCCAGCAUCACCCGAAGCCACCACCACACGCCCUGCUUCCUCGCUUGGCCUCCCCGAUCUCAUUCAUAUCUCGUAUCUCAUCCUCACUCACACUCUCUCCAGCUCAUCCUCGCUCUUCCCCAUCUCUCCAUCCCCCAAUGCUACCAAACAUGGCCUUCCGCCAACUCGCCCGCACGCAGCUCAUCACGCGUCCCACAAUCGCCCCCCGCGCCCUCGCUCUUGCCGCGCGCCCACCUGUCCAGUUUGUUGCCCGUCGUGCAUACGUCGCGUCUGUUCAGCCCCCGCCACCCGGUCAACCCGAAGCCGGACCUCAAUACAAGAAGAAGUCUGGUUUCCGGCGCGCAUUCACUUUCCUCACCCGUGCAACCGUUAUCAUCGCAGUUGGUGGUGUUGGCGCAUUCCUCUACGUGACUCAGACUGAGACGCACCCGGGAGAGCAGCUCCCCCAGGACCCCACCAAGAAGACUCUGGUCGUUCUCGGAUCUGGAUGGGGAGCAACGUCGUUCCUCAAGAACCUCGACACUGAAGAGUUCAAUGUCAUUGUCAUCUCGCCCCGCAACUACUUCCUCUUCACUCCCCUCCUGCCGUCGGUCACUGUCGGCACCCUCGAGGCACGCUCCCUCAUCCAGCCCACCCGCUUCAUCACUCGUCACAAGAAGCGCAGCGUUCUCGUCUACGAGGCCCAGGCUCAGGAUGUUGACCCUAUCAACAAGACGGUCACCUUUACUGACAGCUCGGAGGUGCAGGGCGAGUCAAGCACUGUGACCAUCAACUACGACUACCUUGUUUACGCUGUCGGAUGCGAGAACCAGACCUUUGGCAUCAAGGGCGUGACCGACCAUGCCUGCUUCCUCAAGGAGCUGAGCGACGCCGACAAGAUUCGCCAGCGCCUCAUGGACUGCAUUGAGACCGCCGCCUUCCCCGGCCAGACCGAGGAGGAGAUCGAUCGCCUUAUGCACAUGGUCGUUGUCGGCGGUGGCCCCACCGGUGUCGAGUACGCCGGUGAGCUCCACGACUUCCUCAUUGACGACCUGCGCAAGUGGUACCCGGAGAUUGCCGACAAGCUCCGCAUCACCUUGAUCGAGGCCCUCCCCAACGUGCUUCCUGCCUUCUCCAAGGAGCUCAUCCGCUACACCGAGUCGACGUUCAAGGAGAACAAGAUUGAGGUCCUCACCCGCACCAUGGUCAAGGAUGUCGGACAGAAGUCUGUGCUCGUUCAGGACGCCAACAAGGAGGAGCGCGAGAUUCCCUACGGCCUCCUCGUCUGGGCCACUGGCAACACCUCGCGCCCCAUCACUCGCAACCUCCUUGCCAAGCUGCCCAACAUUCAGACCCAGCGCCGCGGUAUCGUUGUUGAUGACUACCUGUCCAUGCUCGGCGCCGACGGCGUCUUCGCCAUCGGUGACUGCACCGCCACCCAGUACGCCCCCACCGCGCAGGUCGCGUCGCAGCAGGGCCAGUACCUUGCGCAGGUGUUCGGUCGCAUUGGUCUCAAGGCCAAGUACGAGAGGAGACUCGCCAAGCUUCGUGCCUCGGGCGAGGCAACUCCCGACAAGAUCGAGAAUGUUGUCAAGAAGCUGAACCGUGUGUCCAAGAUUACACCCUUCCACUACUCGCACCAGGGAUCGCUUGCGUACAUUGGCUCCGAGAAGGCCAUUGCCGACCUGCCGCUGUUCAAUGGCAACGUGGCAUCGGGCGGUGGCGCUGCGAUGCUUUUCUGGCGUUCUGCGUACGUGUCGACUCUGUACUCGGUGCGUAACCGCACACUGGUCAUGGCCGACUGGCUCAAGGUCAAGCUCUUUGGCCGUGACGUCUCGCGCGAGUAGAGAGUGUUGUUAUUUAGGACAUUACAGCCGCGUGAGGCGGCAUCAUCCUCAUAGUUUGUGUUCUUCUUCUUGGCUAUAGACAUAUGCAGCAUGGAGCCGUGCUGAUCCA